GUUCGACGCAGUGCAUGGAAAGCUUGUGUUGAGACACACAGACAACGGCAGUGCAGUACGAACAACCCAUUUCUGAGCACCCUGCCUGGCCAACAUCGCCAGCAUUCACUUCUGACCUACCACAAGCCACAUUCUACACCUUUGCAGCCUACCAUGUCCUCACCAACGCCCUCAACAACAGCCCAGCAGCAGAGCGAAGCUCGGGCAGCAGUACUUGCCUCCCUCUCCUCGAUCGGCACAUCAAUCGAUGCCGACCUCCGGACGCGUACCGCAGACCUGCACGCCAACUCAGCAGCCAUCGCCAAGCAGGAGAAGGAGCUUGCAAAGCAGACUGCUGCGCUGAGGAAGGAGGGCGACAAUUGGCAGAAGCUCGGUGAUACGAGCACGAAGAAGCUGAAUGAGAUCGGCGACGUGCAGAACUGGGCUGAGAUGCUGGAGAGGGAUCUGCUGGUCUUGGAGGAGACUGUUAGGCUGGUGCAUGAGGAGAGGGCGGGUGGAGGGGAGAGGAGAGCAGCGAGAUGAUAACGCGUAGUGCUUGUUGUCUCGUCACUUUAACAUAACCUUGGAUUCGAAGUUAUGAGCAGCGCGCCUUAUCGUUUUCGACAGCAGGUGGAUUGCGCACCUGCUGCCGCAGUUCAGUCAGUCAGUCAGAAUAGCCACAGCUCUUUCGCAGCACUGUAGAUCAUCUGAAGGUGAAACAAGAUCAAAUGACGUCACCAG